AUGAGCCAAGAAUCGACUCCCGAACAGAAGCCGUCAAUGAUGUCACCGCCGCGACCCGAAACGGCUCCAGUGGUGGCGCCGCUCACUAUUGAGGACAAGAUAGCUAUGGAUUCACUGAAACAGAAGAAUGCGUCCACUGAUGACACGUCUCUGAUUGUCAAUUUAGAUGACACUCAGAGCGAUCUUAUGGAUGCAGAUCUGGACGUCACCAACAAUUCAGAUAAUAAUGAGUCCAAAGAUGUGACACAAAACAAAUCGAUUCGCAAAUCGAUCAAUGAAUCCAACAAUAGUUCGGAUUCGAAGAGCGAAUCAAAUGAAAACAAGGCGUCCAGUAAUGAAGACAUGAAUAAGUCAUCCAAAGAUUCAAACAAAAUAACGGAGUCGUCCAAAUCCAAGAGUUCAAAUGUUCAAAAGGAUAAUAAACUUAAAAAUAAGGACUCGAAAAACCCCAGCGCAGCACAAAAGGCACAGACAACUAACGGCCGCAAUAUAUGGGUCAGUGGUCUCCCGCCCAUCACUAAAGCGUCUGAAUUGCAAAACCUGUUCACAAAACACGGGAAGGUAUUGUCCGCUAAGAUCAUCAAAAAUGCCCGAAUGACUGGUUCCCGAUGUUAUGCGAGUGAACAAUCGAUUCAGAGUCGUCCACAAGAGAGCACUUCCAAGUCAGUCGUCGCUCGAAACAAAGUCAAUGCUUCCAAACGAGUGGUCACUAAAACUCCCAAUAAAUCAAACGCUUCUAAAGAGAGCGACAAUAAGGAGACCAAAAGCGAUGAGAAGAGCGACGAUAAGAGCAAAAGCAAGGCUUCCGACGAGAAGACUGCGAACAAGACGUCAUCCGAAGCCGGAUCUUCAAAAACGGGUGAAAGCAAAGAGGAGAAGCGCAAACCAAUUCGCGCUCCCAUUAGGGAUCGCGAGCCCUUCACUAGACCUACCUUUCGUCGCCCCCAACCCUUUAUUAAGCCUUUCUAUCAGAACAGUAGUAGCUUUCGGGGCUUUCAUAGACCCGGUUAUACUCGUGGCGGCGGCUCUGGAUUCAGAGGCAGCUCUUCGUUCACACGCGGCUCGUCAUUCAUGCGCGGCGGGUAUUCCCGAGGAAUGGGUUACUCUCGUGGCGGUGGUUUCAUUCGAGGGGGUAUUCGACCGAUGAUAUCGGCGUACAGUCGGCCAGACGUCGACCGACAGAUCAGAGAACGCGAAAGAGAGCGACGAAUCCGUGACGAGCGAAGAGCGCGCGAAGAGUUGAUGAGAGCCGAGAAGGAUAUGGAAAGAGAGGAAAGGAUUCGCUUUGAGCGCGAGAAGGAGAGACUCAAAAUGGAUCGAAUGAGACUCGAGAGAGAAAAGGCGGAGUUCUUUAGGGCCGAGAAGGAGAGGGCGAAACUCGAGAGGGAGAAGAUUGAGAGGGAAAGAGAGGAAUUGAGACGAAGACAGAACGCGACGAUCAUUACGAAUAGAGUGGAUGACCAGCGCUCGCGACCAUCGGUUGUGUCCACUUUGACCAAAAGGCCGUUUGAGGCGCGCGACGACUCUUCCUAUUGGGAGGAACGCAAACGUCUGCAACACAUGCAACGAAUGGAUCAGCAAUUAAUACCCGGCAGACAGACCUACACAGAGUCGAGCCCUUCGGUGGCCAAUCGUCAUUCAAUUCCUCACUCGUAUAACAAUCGCAACGAAUCCUAUAAACGAAACACAAGAUUUGAGCCGCAGAUCACUGGAAACACUCGGACUGUGUUUGACAUAAGACGUCACGACUCACGACAUGGCGUGAGUCACGACAGGGACGAGAGGAAGAGUGGAACCGCUCCGUCGUAUUACAAUCGAGACACUACUCGAAACCCAUCGUUCACUCCUCGCGACCGCAAAAUAGGUGGUCCUCAACGCGAAGACUGGAAGACCAAUCAAUACAACUCUCGUCGCAAUUCUGACCGCUAUUCAGACAAACCAAUGAGUGGCGGAUCGGCCUCUGGUUUUGGCACUUCUCGAUACGGAACUGAUUCGAGGAAUUGGAGCGACAGGUCAUCGAUGAACAAAGUUUCGUACGGAAGCGGAGUCCAUAUGUCUGGCGGAGGGCAGCCGUACAACCAAUCGUCGGGCAAUCGAUGGAAUUCUGCGCUCAGCUCUUCCAAUGAGUCGCGAAGCAGAGGCCAAACGAGUCUAAACUCUGGGAUGAUGUCAAGCAAUUCGGGUAUUUCGGACUUGUAUUCGCAAAACCCAAUGGGAGCCUUAAGUAUGGCUCCCAUAUCCCACUCUAUCGGCAAUUCUAAUAUGGGUUCCGGAGACCGAUAUAUUCACAAUAAUCGCCGCUUUUAAAUACCCUUUCUAUACAUUUCCUGAUCACGUGAUUAUUGACAUUAAUUUUUGUCUUUAUUUAAAUUAAUUUAAAUCUACUGUCGAUUGAAGCAAAUGAUAUGCUCUGAGAAUUAAUUUCGCAUUC